AUGAGACAUUAACGAGUUGAAUCUCUAGGUCCAAUGGAAGAAGUAAGAAAGAAACACACAAAAAGUGAAAUCGUAUUAUCUUCCAUGUUCAGAUUACCUAAGGUACAAGUACCAUAAAGUAACAUAAUUUAAUAAUUGUAGGUUCAAAAAAUGCAUUAUCUGUAAAUCCUAAUUGGUCUCAUUUUAACUAUUAAAAUGAUCAUUCAAAAACCAAUAAUACAUUUGUUGAAAUAUAAGAUAUUCUUUAAUAAUAAGUUACAUUACAAUAUCCUAAUAUAUUACCUUAAGUCAAAAAAUUCAUUUAAUAAUCAUAAAUGGGUAUUACUUUAACAGAAUUAUCUAAAAAUAGUUAAUUAAUUGAUAGCUCAAUCAAUCUUUUUACGUAAUCCAUAUAAAUUAUGCUUUAAAUCAUUAAAGAAAAAGAACCUAAAAAAAUUGAAAUAAAUCCUUAAGUAGAAACUGAAAUUUAAAGAAAAUUCUCAAUAGCUUUAAUAAAAGAAUCUAAUAAUAAAAUAGAUAGAGAAACAUAAAUCUUAAAUAAUGAGUUAAAACUUAUUAAUCAUAAAUUGUAAAUUGAACUCAAUCAAUUAGCUACUAAAUUAAGAAAUCUAGAGAUAAGCAUGGAUGUUGAUCUUUUAAAAGAAAAAAUUAAAGAUUUAACUGAAGAGUUAAAAUAAAGAACUUUGGAAUUGAAAAUUGAAAUUUAAAAUAGAGAUUAAUAACUGAUCAAACAUUUAUAAAAAAUAGCAUAAUUAAAAUCAAUAAUCUAAUAACAUGAAGAAAAAAUAGAAGAAUUGUAAACUUAUAUCAAUAGUAAUCAAGAAAGAUUUACUUAAAUGGAAACUACAUAUAUGUCUGUCUAUAAUGAUAGAUAUUAUUGGAAAGACAUAUCAAAAAUGUUGGAAGAAGACUUAUUAAGUUAAUAGAUGAGAUAUUAAAAAUUUUUAGCAGAUGAAGCAAAAUCUAAAAAGAAAUUGUAAUUGCUAUAAAGAGAAUUAGAUUAAAUUAAAAUAGAGAAAAGCAAAAGAGUUGAAAUUCCAGAAUUUAAUAAAGAAGCUGAAGAAAAUCUUUAAAAAUUAUUAUACUUAUUUACAAAAGAGAAAUUCCAUAUGGUUCAAAUGAAAGCUUUUAUUUAAGACAAAAUGAGUAAAUUAAAUGAACAAGAAUAAUAACAAUAUUAAUUUAUGAAAAAUUUAAAAUUAGAUCAUAUUUAUAUGGAUAGACUUAACAAAUAUACAUAUCCUCGAUAAUCAUUCUUAGUAUUUUAUGAAAGUCAAAUUAAACUUAUAGAAUCAGAAUAUAAAAAUAUUAAUAGACAUAAAAUUUCUCUAAACUACUUUGCAAUUAUCAGAGCAAUUUUAGAUGCUAAAUUUAAUGAGUUUUAGUAUUUAGAGAAUUUACAAAUAGCUACAAAAUUUGCAGAUUUUGUUUUUGCUUGGAUAAGCACUUUUUCAUUAGAUAAAUAUACAAAAUAAAUCAUUUAAGUGAGCUAAGAUUAAAUAGAUAAUAUUCGUUUAGAUUUUCUCAUGGACACUUUAAAUCCAAAAUUAGGUUAAAUACAUGAAGUCAUAACGUUUAAGUAUUUAAAUUAAAAUAAAUAGUUAAUUUUUAUUUGAGUAAUCAUCUCUAGAUGAAGUAUAUUAUUAUUUGCAUUGUAGAUAUAUGCUUUUCAAAGGAUAAGUUAAGAAUCUAUCAAGAUCCAAUUUUGAAACAAUUAUGUAUGUUAGAUAAGAAUAAGCAGAAUAAUUAAUCUAAGAAAUUAUGCAUAAAUAUCCUGUUGAAUAAAUUAAUUAUACAAAAAAUUUAAUUAAAGAAAUGAUUAUUACUAAAAAUAAGAAAAAAUUAGUUGAUGGUCAUUAUGUGUUAAGAAUUUUACUUGAACUUUAUAGAUAAGAAAGAUAGACAAGAUUAGCAGUAUUAAAAGAAAUGUUUCAUUCUUGUUUAUCCUUAUAAAGUUUUGGAAAAUAUGGAGUAAAUUAUAAAAAUUUUAGAAAAAUCUUCUAAUUCAAUUUUCCAACUUCAUCUGAAAUUGAAAUAUGCACUCUAUUUAGAGAAGCACAUAUGUGUGGUGAUGGUAUUGUCACUGCAGAAUCCUUUUUUACUGCUGCUACAGAAUAAAAUUUCUUUAUUAAAUAAUUGUAAUUAUAAUAUUUGAUGCAUCCUCCAUAAGUUGAAUUUUAUAAACUUAGUUAUUGUGAAUUUAAUUUACCCUACUUAGAUUUUUAUAAUCAUUAUAGUCAAAUACCAAAAAAACUAAUUCAAAAUGUUUGUUUGUCAAUGGGAUUAGAAUAUGUUAAUGCUGAAUUAAAUAAAUACUAUUAAAUUAUUGAUGCUUUAUUUGCUCAUCCAUAUAAUAUUUAUUCUUUAUUAUAGAUGAUGACUAAGUUGAUUAAUAUUUUCAAUAAAAUACAAAUGCUUAAAAAUCUUCAGAAAGUACAAGAAGAUUGGACUAGUAUAGAAUUAGAAGCAAUAAGAUAAUUAGUAAAUUAAAUUCCUGGAGUUUUUGGGUUGAUAGUAGAUUUGGAUUAAGAAGAAAGAUUGAAUGUAAUAUAAAAGAAUUAAAAAAUUCGUGCCUUGCAAUUGAUAGGCAAAAGAAAAGCUUUAAAGUUUUAUUCAUUUAUAUCAGCAAUGUUGAAUGCUAAAGUCAAAUAAGAAAAAUAACCUGAUGCAUCACCAAAAAGAGGGAUGAGAAAAUCAGGUAAAUUUUGA